AUGGUAGACUUUUGGAGAUGGUUAUCCUUUGGAGGUGGUGGGCCUUUGGAGGCGGUGGGCCUUAGGAGGCGGUGGGCCUUUGGAGGCGGUGGGCCUUUGGAGGCGGUGGGCCUUUGGAGGCGGUGGGCCUUUGGAGGCGGUGGGCCUUUGGAGGCGGUGGGCCUUUGGAGGCGGUGGGCCUUUGGAGGCGGUGGGCCUUUGGAGGCGGUGGGCCUUUGGAGGCGGUGGGCCUUUGGAGGCGGUGGGCCUUUGGAGGCGGUGGGCCUUUGGAGGCGGUGGGCCUUUGGAGGCGGUGGGCCUUUGGAGGUGGUGGAUCCUUGGAGGUGGUGGACCCUUAGAGGUGGUGGACCUUUGGAGGUGGUGGACUUUUAA